AUGUCCGUCCUCAUUUCAAAGAACCUGGCUGGUCCAGCGUACAUCAUCCUUAAUGUCGUUCGCGCUCUGAACAUCAUCGGCCUCCUCCUCGUUGCUACGGCCAGCUUCCUUAUGCUGGUCAAGACCAUCGUCGUCUCCCGCUUCUUCUUCUUCGACGGCUGCAGCCACGUUAUCACUGCCUGCAUCAGCUGCUUCCUCAUCGCGUCCGAGGCUUGCCUUUUCCGCAGCUACUUCCGCAAGAACUGGCCUCUCUUCAGCCCUGAGCAUGGCUUCGUCGCUCUGGGAUUGGCCAUGAUCCUGCUCGGCGUCAACACCCUGGGCAACCUCAACAAGGAUGCUACAAGCGCUGAAAACCUGGGGAUGCCCUUCUGGAGUGUGGUCAUCAGCUCUGGCAUCAUCAUUCUGGUCCUUGGCUUCGUCAACAUCUUCGUUAGCUACAUCUUCCGCGAUACCAAGCUCCGCAUCACCGCCCGUAACGUCCGCGCCUCGGGAGCCGUAGCUAUCCAGGAUGCCGAGGCUCAGCUUGAGGCGGAGAAGACGCUCAGUAUCAAGUCGUCGAUGCAGAGCAUGACCCUCAACCAGUCGCCCUGGGCCACUCCGCGCAAGUCGCCCGCCCCCUCCAACUCACCCCGGCCGACCUACUCGCCCACGCGCACCAUCUUCCAGCAAGCCCGCGCCUCCCUGUUGCCCUCGCACUUCCGCACCUCGCGUUACAGCGCCUCCAACUACAGCCGCUCCUUCUUCGGUGGCCGUCCCGACAACGAUGAGGAGAAGCCUCCGGUCCCUCCGGUCCCGCCGUACCCGGCUUCGGAGGCCGGUAGCGGCACCACGGCAGCUCCCUCGUUCCGCGAGAAGGCGGGCAGGUCGCACCACCAGCACAAGAAGAGCUCCAGCAAGGACAGCACCCGCAGCAAGCGUGAGAGCAAGCGUAGCAGCCUGGGUCGCUUCCCCAUCAACAUCUCAUCGCCCCUCAACACCAACCCACGCUUCGCCUCGCUCGUCAACGGCAUCAAGAAGCCUGACCUUGCCCACCACCCCAGUCAGCGCCAGCGUCGCGUCGAAAAUGGCCAAGACGACAACCCUUACGAGCUUCCUCCGGACUUCUAG